AGAAGCUGAGCGCGGAGGCAGUGGCUGAAGGAGCCUUCGGGCUCUGCUCAGGUGCGGGGGCCUGAGUGGGGAGCGGCCCCACCGCGCAGGCUGGCAGUGGGACGUGGUGCGCGGGAGGCACCCGCCUGGCCCGGGUCCGGGGAGGCGUGGUGCGGCGUCCGCAGGGGCGGAGAGGGGCCGGGGCGGCGGCGCGGGCUCCCGGGAAGUGGGGCCUCGCCAAGCCCGGCGCCUUGGGCGCAGGCCCUCCCUCCCUCCCCGCGCCCGGCGGGACCCUGCGCCUGUGUCGGGAGAGGCCGGCGUGUCCGGCAGAUGCAAGCGGGGCGGGGGCCGGGGGAGAGGCGGGGAGAGAGAACCCACAACAAAACUUGGCCUCGCUGCGCGCACGGCGCGACUUGAAUGACAGGAGCCCGCGGCCGCGGAGCGCAGCGGACACCCGGGAGCCUGUUCCGCCCACAGCGCGGGCGCAGCAGCAGGUGCUGGCAGAGGCCAGAGGUAUCAGAACCCCUGGAGCUGGGGUAUAGGUGGUUGUAAGCCAUCCCAGUGAGUGCUGGGUUCAGAUCUUCUGCAACUGGAGUACUAUUCUUAACAGAUAAGCUUGUGGAUUUUUAUGGAGACCAGCCAAAGGUGAGGGAAGAAAGCCAGCCUGUCCAGCACCAUGGCCAGCAGCAGGGGCCUACCACUCCUGCUGCUGUUGCCCCAGCUGCUCCUGGGCCCUGUCCUGGCUGUGAGGGCUCCUGUGUUUGGCCGAAGUGACCUCCACAGCCUGAGCCCUGAGGAGAAUGAAUUUGUGGAGGAGGGACAGCCUGUGCUAGUCCUGAGCCCCGAGGAGCUAGAGCCAGGCCCAGCCACCAUCGACUGUCCCCGUGACUGUGCCUGCUCCCAGGAAGGUGUUGUAGACUGCGGUGGUAUUGACCUGCGUGAGUUUCCAGGUGACCUGCCCGAGCACACCAACCAUCUGUCCUUGCAGAACAACCAGCUGGAGAAGAUCUACCCCGAGGAGCUGGCUAGGCUGCAGCGGCUGGAGACACUCAACCUUCAGAACAACCGCCUGACCUCCCGAGGGCUCCCAGAGGAAGCAUUUGAGCAUCUGAAGAGUCUCAAUUACCUGUACCUGGCCAACAACAAGCUCACCUUGGCACCCCGAUUCCUGCCAAACGCCUUGAUCAGUGUGGACUUUGCUGCCAACUAUCUCACUAAGAUCUAUGGACUCACCUUUGGCCAAAAGCCAAAUCUGAGGUCUGUGUACCUGCACAAUAACAAGCUAGCAGAUGCCGGGCUGCCGGAGAACAUGUUCAACGGCUCCAGCAACGUCGAGAUCCUCAUCCUGUCCAGCAACUUCCUGCGCCACGUGCCCAAGCACCUGCCACCUGCCCUGUACAAGUUGCAUCUCAAGAACAAUAAGUUAGAGAAGAUCCCCCCUGGGGCCUUCAGUGAGCUGAGCAACCUCCGGGAGCUGUACCUGCAAAACAACUACCUGACCGAUGAAGGCCUGGACAAUGAGACCUUCUGGAAGCUCUCGAGCCUGGAGUACCUGGACCUGUCCAGCAACAACCUGUCUCGGGUCCCAGCGGGCCUUCCCCGCAGCCUGGUCCUGCUGCACCUGGAGAAGAACGCCAUCCAGAGCGUCGACGCUGACGUGCUGACACCCAUCCGCAGCCUUGAGUACCUGCUGCUGCACAGCAACCAGCUGCGGGCCGAGGGCAUCCACCCCCUGGCCUUCCAGGGCCUCAAGCGGCUGCACACGGUGCACCUAUACAACAACGCGCUGGAGCGGGUGCCCAGUGGCCUGCCCCGCAGAGUUCGCACCCUCAUGAUCCUGCACAACCAGAUCACGGGCAUCGGCCGCGAGGACUUCGCCACCACCUACUUCCUGGAAGAGCUCAACCUCAGCUACAACCGCAUCACCAGCCCACAGAUGCACCGGGAUGCCUUCCGCAAGCUGCGCCUGCUGCGCUCCCUUGACCUGUCUGGCAAUCGCCUGCAAACCUUGCCUCCGGGCCUGCCUAGAAAUGUACACGUGCUGAAGGUCAAGCGGAAUGAGUUGGCUGCCCUGGCACGCGGGGCGCUAGCUGGCAUGGCCCAGUUACGGGAACUCUACCUCACAGGCAAUCGACUGCGGAGCCGAGCCCUGGGACCCCGGGCCUGGGUGGACCUUGCUGGUCUGCAGCUGCUGGACAUCGCUGGGAACCAGCUGACAGAGAUCCCCCAGGGGCUGCCCCCGUCCCUUGAGUACCUGUACCUGCAGAAUAACAAGAUCAGUUCCGUUCCCGCCAAUGCCUUCAACUCGACCCCCAACCUCAAGGGCAUCUUUCUCAGGUUCAACAAGUUGGCCGUGGGCUCCGUGGUGGAAAGCGCCUUCCGGAGGCUGAAACACCUGCAGGUCUUGGACAUUGAGGGCAACUUUGAGUUUGGUGACGUUUCCAAGGACCGGGGCCACAUAGAUGAGGAAGAGGAAGAAGAGGAGGAGGAAGAGGAUGAGGAAGAGGAGACGGGAUCAUAACGGAGUGACACAGAUCUGACCCAGGAAUACAGAUGAACCGCCUUCUUGGACCAUGAAACAUAAUGAUGAUGAGAUCCAGGAGCUAAACACAACCAAGAACACAGGCGGCCAAGUUGAGAUCCUGGGCAUAAGGAACGGCCCACUUCUAAGAAGAAGCUUUCCCUCAGCGAAGCCCCCGGGGCCUUGGGACUCUCUUAACAAGCAGCCAGUGCAGGUCUCAGCUGAGAUACAGACUCAUCUUGGUCAACUGACAGACCCAGUUAAGACCUGUACUUUCGGGUGGUGGUGCACGCCUUUAAUCUCAGCAAUUGGGAUACAUGCAGAGGCAGGUAGAUCUCUCUGAAUUAGAGGCCAGCCUGGUCUACAGAGUGAAACCCUGUCUCAGAAAACAAAACAAACAACAGUAGAAACAACAAAAACCCACCACCAUUACCACCACCGCCAACAACAAAACAAAAACAAAAGCGUACUUUUGACUGUUAAUUGGGGAAAUGCCCAUUUUCUGUUGGUUUUGAACUCUUACAGGAAAACCCUUUCUUUAUCCCAUGAGGCUUGUGCCUGGUAGCAGCUACCUAAAGCAUAGACAGAAUGUGGCUGAGGAUAUGAACUACCACACCUGCAACUCCCAGGAGCUGGCCUGGGCUCCCUGCCGAGGCUGCCAUCCUAUCUGCUGGUCUUAAGUUCCCACUGAGAUGGUUCCAAACACACUCCCAACCUGUGACCCCCACCAAGGCCCGAAGGUAGGAAUUGCUCCUUUUCAAGAGCAGCCCCUGUGAGGUUCAUCCAGCCUUCAGGAUGCUAACAGGGAGCCCCAAGUGGAGCCAAGUUAUUACUUAAUCUCUGUGGUGUUUUAAUAAGGUGGGAAAAGGACCAGCCAGCUCUGAUUAGCACUCUGCUCAGACGUCCCGAGGCCGCACUGGGAGCCAACGUCAGGGCACUGACUUGGGGCCCUGGGAAAUGAAUUAAUGACUUGGCAGGUCAG